CAGGUAUGUGUCGGGGCGGGCCCAGCCCCUUCCUCCACCUGCCCCCGCCCUUACUCAAGGGAUCUCCCCCUGGUGCUGUGACCCUUGCGGCACUGCGCAAGCCAUGUCAGUCUUGGGGAGUGGCUCCUCCACCUGGGUGUCAAGGUGCAGAAGGGCACCUCCAUGGGCAAGGCAGGCUGGCAUCCCUCCUCUCCCCCCACCCUUUGCAUCCACACUGCCACCUCUCCAAAGAGACCCGGGGCCAGUGACCCUCCCAGGCUGGAGAAGCAGCUGUAGCUUGAACCAUUCUCUGCCCCCAGACUGGAGUGUUACUCUGUGGCCAGGUCCUGGGCCCAGCCCCCUCUUCCAGGCGGCUCCAACAGCUAAGGUCACAAGGCUGCUCAGCUCUGGGCUAUUUCUGUCCUGGAAGGGGGAGGGAGCCCCUGGUCUGGCUGUUACUGGAGCCCAGGAAGGGGGGUGGGGGAACCUACCCUCCCAGCAGCACCAUAACUGGCUGCCUGCAACUGUCUGUCUGCCCCAGAGUGGGUGUUGAUUGGGCUGAUGGGGUAUAAAAGGGGCACACAGGGCCACGGGAAAGUGCUGUUACAGCUGCCACAGAGCUGGGCUCUCUGGGCACGCUGCCCUCCCUGCUCUGAAGAUGUCGACCCACCGGCUGGUGAUUGUGCGCCAUGGCGAAAGUACCUGGAACCAGGAGAACCGCUUCUGUGGCUGGUUCGACGCUGACCUGAGCGAGAAGGGGGCAGAGGAGGCGCGGUGCGGGGCCCAGGCCCUCCGGGAGGCAGGCUACGAGUUCGACAUCUGCUACACCUCGGUGCUCAAGAGGGCAAUCCGCACCCUCUGGGCCAUCCUGGAUGGCAUCGACCAGAUGUGGCUGCCCGUGGUGCGCACCUGGCACCUCAAUGAGCGCCACUAUGGGGGCCUUACCGGCCUCAACAAGGCCGAGACCGCCGCCCGGCAUGGUGAGGAGCAGGUGAAGAUCUGGCGGCGCUCCUACGACAUUCCCCCUCCCCCCAUGGACGAGCAGCACCCCUACUACCAGGUCAUCAGCAAGGAGAGGCGCUACGCAGGCCUGAAGCCAGGGGAGCUGCCCACGUGUGAGAGCCUCAAAGACACCAUCGCCCGCGCCCUGCCCUUCUGGAAUGAGGAGAUCGUCCCCCAGAUCAAAGCCGGCAAGAGGGUGCUGAUCGCCGCCCAUGGGAACAGCCUGCGCGGCAUCGUCAAGCACCUGGAGGGGAUGUCUGACGCCGCCAUCAUGGAGCUGAACCUGCCGACCGGGAUCCCCAUCGUGUACGAGCUGGACGAGAGCCUGAAGCCCACCAAGCCCAUGCAGUUCCUGGGUGACGAGGAGACCGUGCGCAAGGCCAUGGAGGCUGUGGCGGCCCAGGGCAAGGUCCAGAAGUGAAGGGGAGGGAGAGCAGCUAGGGCAAUAAACCCGUGAAACCCGA